GAGAGGGGUUACACUUGCACUGAAAGAGCAGCUAAAUAUCUUAGAAUGGAUCUCUUUUUCUUCCUGUUUUGUGUCUCUGUGUAGAGUUGUGUCUCCUCCCUCAUCUCUUCUUGAACUGUGAAAUGCAGGAAGUGUCUGAUUUAGCGACGCAUCUCUGUUAAAACAGUCUGUUAAUGUGUCAGUAUGGGCUCCAGUGCACUGCCUCUCAUGAUCUUGCUGAUGUCCUUCAUCCACGCUGGACUCACUCAAGAGAGCCCAAAAGCUGUAUUGAAGGUGACUCCAGAUGAGAGUGUGUUCAGCGGAGAGACAGUCACUCUCACAUGUGACAUACAGGGAGCAGGACACAUUCAGUGGAGAUUCAGUUGGUUUAGAGAUGGAAACACAUUCUAUCCAUACACAACAACAACAGCAGCAGAGAUCAGUUUCACAGCUUAUGUGUCUUCCAGUGGUGAAUACAGCUGUAGAGGAGACACAUACAACCCACAGAGAUCAUCACACAUCAGUGCUGCUGUUACACUGACUGUAUCAGAUUCAUCCAGAUCUUCACUAACUGUGACUCCAGACAGUCCUGUAUUCACUGGAGAGACAGUCAAUCUGAAGUGUGUGAUUGAGACUCGCAGUUACAGUUACAGUUACAGAGACUGGAUAUGGAGAAUUGACCAAACAUAUAACUGGAGAUAUGAGUGGUAUAAAGACAGUGUAAUGUUACAGACGUCUGGUCGUUACACUGUAAACAGAGACACUCUCACUAUCAGAGGAGUAAUUACAUCUGAUCAGGGUCAGUACUGGUGUAGAGGACAGAAAAGAUCAGUCUCAUCUCAAUCAAGCUCUGUUUUUCUCUCAGUGAAAGAUUCCCCCAGAUCUUCACUGACUGUGACUCCAGACAGUCCUGUAUUCACUGGAGAGACAGUCAAUCUGACCUGUGUGAUUGAGUCUCACAGUAACUGGAGACAGAGAAAUGGACUGACAUAUGACUGGAGAUAUGACUGGACAUAUUACCAGACAUCUAAGUGGAGAUAUGAGUGGUAUAAAGACCCAGACAGUGUAAUGUUACAGACGUCUGAUCGUUACACUGUAAACAGAGACACUCUCACUAUCAGAGGAGUAAUUACAUCUGAUCAGGGUCAGUACUGGUGUAGAGGACGGAGAGAUCAGAGACCAAACUCAUCACAAUCAAGAUCUGCUGUUUCUCUCACUGUGACAGAUUCCCCCAGAUCUUCACUGACUGUGACUCCAGACAGUCCUGUAUUCACUGGAGAGACAGUCAAUCUGACCUGUGUGAUUGGGAUUUACAGUGACUGGAGAUAUGAGUGGUAUAAAGACACAGACAGUGUAAUGUUACAGACGUCUGAUGGUUACACUGUAAACAGAGACACUCUCACUAUCAGAGGAGUAAUUACAUCUGAUCAGGGUCAGUACUGGUGUAGAGGACAGAGAGAUCAGAGACCAAACUCAUCACAAUCAAGAUCUGCUGUUUCUCUCACUGUGACAGAUUCCCCCAGAUCUUCACUGACUGUGACUCCAGACAGUCCUGUAUUCACUGGAGAGACAGUCAAUCUGAAGUGUGUGAUUGAGUCUAAUCACAGUAACUGGAGAUAUGAGUGGUAUAAAGACACAGACAGUGUAAUGUUACAGACGUCUGAUCGUUACACUGUAAACAGAGACACUCUCACUAUCAGAGGAGUAAUUACAUCUGAUCAGGGUCAGUACUGGUGUAGAGGACAGAUAAGAUCAGUCUCAUCACAGUCAACCUCUGCUGUUUCACUCAUUGUGACAGCUUCAUCUUCUCUUCUGGUCACUGCUGUGGUUGUGGGAUCGAGUGUUUUCUUGCUGAUCUUCAUCUCUCUGCUGCUGCUGUGGAGAUACAAGAAGAACAAAGAUCAGCAGAGUAACAUUAACCAGACAUCAGUCCCAAAUCAAUCUGCAGAAUCUCAACCAGAAAACUUUCCUCUACAGUCUGCAGAUCCUGAUCAUGUUUAUGACGACGUGACUGAAGUAAAGAAGAGACACAAAGAUGAUCCAGAGACCACAGAUGUCACAUAUUCAGAGAUCUUAUGGUCAUAUGUGGAUAAAGAUGUUUCCAUGGCAGAAUCAAAUGAUGUGACUUACUCAGAAGUCAUAAAAAAAGUAAAGAAAUGCAAAGAUGCUGAUGCUGGAGUUGGUGAUGCAACUUAUGCUUCUGUUAGGAAGAAGGGUCCCUGAGUGCAGUGAAGACACGAAAGACGGCUAAAAGAGAUUCACAGCAUCAGACAAGUAGCGCUUGCAUUGCUUUAAGGGGUCAUGUGAUUCUAAUUUCACUUUUACAUGUUGUUUAACAUAAAUGUGUGUUGGUGGUGUGUGUACAUCUACUCUAUAAUGAUAAAAUCCACCCAGUGGUUUUAAUUUAAUCCCUAAAAAUAAUAUCUCCUUUUUCAAAUCAGAUCAUUGUCUGUGUGAUGUCACUUGGAUAAACGCCCCUCCCACAAUAGUAGAUUGACACUAGUGUUUUACCUUAGCUCCGCCCUGACUGAAUGUCAUCAGUCUAAAAUUGUUUUUCCGGCGGAGCAGAUGUCGACAAGAAUGUCUCUUAAGCGAUUGAAGUGUUCUGUUGUUGGAUGUAAUAAUGAACAUAGAAGUCUUUAUUUACUCCCGAUAUUUGAGCCGUUGAAGAUGCAUUGGAUUCUGUUUGUUUCUGAAGGGAAUGCGCCCCAAACAAACGAAAUGCGUUUAUGUUCACGUAAAUCAUUCAUGAUCCAGCUUCACCUACACAAGAAGUGAGGAAAAGAUUUUUUCUAAAUCUAUGCAAUUGCUGUUCCUAAUAACGUGCUAGUUAGCAAGUUCUGCGGCUAGUAAACAGUCUCUCAGAGCAGGGUUUCUCACCCCACAGUAGAGAGGGGCGGGGUCAGCAAAGCUCAUUAACAUUUAAACAUUUUUACAAAUGGCUUGAUUUCUGCAGAACUGAUUUUGACACAUAAAAAGGGUGUUAACACUACCACUGAGAAAUUUUAACUAAAGUAUGUUAAAGACUUUUCAUUAAGACCCUAAAGAAUCAUAUCAACUUGUGGAAAAUAGGCAUCCGAUGACCCCUUUAAGAAAUUAAUCUGAGUGAACUGCUUAUGCACAUGCAUUGUUAAAAUUCUUUAGAGGUGUAUAUUCACUGUAUUAUCUAGAGUUAUAUAUGUUUUUGUGUAAUUUUUUUUAAUCUUACUAAAAAAGUGACAUGACAUUUAGCCAAGUAUGGUGACCCAUACUCAGAAU